AUGCACAAACUAGAAAAACACUUCCAAGGCAAAUGCCAAAUUGACUCAUUUAUAAAAUUCGAAGGGAGAAAAACUUCAUUUUCAGUUCCCCUCAGUACCUCCAACUUGAUCCUCCUUCUAUCUGACAUCUACAACAGAAUGGGAAAUAAAGUCUCGAAACCUGCAAGAAAAUUGGCCGGAUCAGCGACUGGCUUGAAGCCCUUGUCACCGGUCUCCCGUGAGAGAGUCCAGCUUCCUUCUGCAGAGCUCAAGGCUCGCCAAGAGCAUGGUUUUGUUCCAACAGAAGAAGUGCCAAAACAUAACGGUGAUGCACCGGUACCUACUGAGAUCAAUGGCACUUCGAGAGAAUUUGCAACAGAAAAGAUUCCCGAAGGAAAAGAUGGCAUGGACCCUCAGGCAGACCAGAAAUAUAUUGAUCUCAUCACCAAUUUGGGACGCCAGAUACACUCUAAGAACGUCAGAAAUGACGGACCACAAGCCAAUGUGAUUGCGCUCAAACAACUACUUAACAGAAAAAGACUACACGCAGCAGGUCAAUCGGAGGCCCAAGCCCAUAAGGACUCCGUUGGCGGAGAUCGGACGGUUAUCAAUCCCAAGACGCUUACAGCCAUCAUAGAUGCCAUGAAUGAUCCAAGAGGAAGAAAUGAGGAUGUUUUGAAAGAUUUUCAGCUCCAGAAAAACUUUUUAUCUGGAUUAGAGCGUUUCAAAGUGGCUCAUAAUGUGGUCAUGAUAGAAGAACAUGCUGGAGAGGAUCAAAUCGGACCAAUCAAAGGGCGCCGCCAGACCAAACAGAAAGAACAUGAUGUCGACCAAACCGAGGAAAACUCGGAGAGAGUCAAGGAGUUGAAGAAGCGGUUGGAGUAG